CAUCUUCAUUUCAUGAUCACUAACACUUCAUAUCUCCCUAGCUAGCUAGUUCCAAAAACAAAACAAAUGGCCAACAAUAUUAUUCCAUCCUUUCUCUUCAUGAUCAAUAUCAUCACCAUAAUCUUCUUCUUCACUUGUUUUCCAUUAUCUUCUCAAGCAGCUCUUGAUGUUGAAGGGAUGUUUGUGUUUGGGAGCUCAUUAGUUGAUAAUGGAAAUAACAAUUACUUAAGGAACUCUAGUGCUAGAGCUAAUUAUGUUCCUUAUGGGAUUGACUUCCCUUUAGGACCUUCUGGCAGGUUCUCUAAUGGAAGGAACCCUAUUGAUGUUCUUGGAGAGCUUCUUAAACUUCCUUCUUUUAUACCACCUUUCUCUGAUCCUGCUACUAAUGGCCAUAGGAUUUCUCAUGGUGUCAACUUUGCCUCUGGUGGUUCUGGCAUUUUAGAUGAAACUGGCUCCAUCACUGGGGAAGUGACAAGCAUGAACCAACAAAUAAGGAACUUUGAGAAGGUUACACUUGCAGAGAUGGGAGGCCUUUUUGAUUUGAAGAAAAACUCUGACUAUUUAUCAAAGUACUUGUUCAUUGUGGGAACUGGAGGAAAUGACUACUUUUUAAACUACUUCACUUCCAAGAAGAAGACUACUACUCUUCUCAAGUUCACUCACACUCUCAUUGCUACUUUAUCUUGCCAACUCAAGAGAUUAUAUGAUUUAGGAGCAAGAAAGUUUGUAUUGUUUUCAAUUCAAGCCAUGGGAUGCAUUCCAGCAGUGAGAGACAACCAUAGAGUUAGCAUUAAUGGGAGCUGUGUAGAAGCCAUGAAUGAAGCUGCCAUUCUCUUCAACAACCAUCUCAAAGCCUUGGUCAUCAAAUUACCAAACUCUUCCAUGCCUCAUGCUUCAAUGAUCUUCAUCAACUCCUACAAAAUUAUUAAUGACAUCAUCACCAAUCCAAAACAACAUGGUUUUAAAGAAACAAGCAAAGCAUGCUGUGAUUUACCAUCAAAUGGGAUACUUUGUAGAAGAGGAGGAAAAGCAUGCAGAGACAGGAAUAGCCAUGUUUUCUUUGAUGGUCUUCAUCCCACUGAUGCUGUUAAUCAAAGGAUUGCUUACAAAGCUUAUGCUUCUAACCUUAAGACUGAAGCUUAUCCCACCAAUGUUAAAAACUUAGUCCAUAUGUAUAACUCACAAUAAAAUCCAAGCAUAUUAAUUAACUAGGACUUAAUUAAUAUGAUAUAUAUAUUCUAAGUUUCCUCUGUAAUUUUCUUUUAAUGGUAUAUAGCUAGCUAGUACUUUAUCUUUAUUGGAGUCUUUUGUAAGUGCUUUUCUCAAGGCACAUGUUAGAAUUAGAGCGAA